AUGGCCACUCAGACAGAAACACUGCUGGAGGAUAUGCUGCCCUCAACUGCCGAGGCACAGAGUUACGUGGACUCUCCACUCAACACCGUCGCCAACAGCACCCCAGCAGCAUCUCGUCUACAGAAAAUAGCAGUGACAUUCCAACUGUCCGGCGUCAACUUUGCAGCCAGCGCUACAAACGGCCUCAUCGUCGUGGGUCUGCCCCAGAUGACCGCCGACCUCUCCCUCCCCCCAUCCCUCGCCUUCUGGCCGUCCUCCGUGCAGAGCCUCGCGACGGCCUCGACGCUGCUGCUCGCGGGCGCCCUCGCAGACGUGCUAGGCGCCAGGUCCGUCGAUCUGGUCGGGUGCAUCCUCAGCGGCGCGCUGAUGCUGGCCUGCGGAUUCGUCCGCGCGGGCGAGCAGCUAGUUGCGCUAAGGGCCCUACAGGGCGUUGCGCUCGCGCUGCAUCUCUCGAGCUCUGUGGCGCUCGUGACGAAGACGCUGGCGCGGGGACGGGGGAGGAAUUUCGCGUUUGCGUGUCUGGGGUUGAGCCAGCCGCUUGGCUUCUCGUUUGGGCUCGUCCUUGGCGGAGUGCUGGUUGAGACUAUUGGUUGGAGGUCAGGUUGGUUUCUCUACGGUGGCAUCAAUCUUGUAUUGUCCGCGGUGGGUUUCUGGUCUUUGCCAAAGUCCGAGCCGCUUGGAACGUUGCAGGAGGUAAUGCAGAGCGUUGCGACAAAGAUUGAUUGGCUCGGCACUCUUCUCGCUUCAGCUUUCAUGGCACUGCUGUCAUACUUUCUAGCCAUCAUCAGCACAGACGUGUACCGCAUCAAAGAGGCAAGCAGCAUUGUUCUUCUCAGCUUGAGCCUCGUUGCCCUGCCGCUCUUUGUCGGCUGGAUGCAUCUUCAGGUGAAAAGGGGUCUACCGGCCUUGAUACCGAAUGCGCUCUGGCGGAACCACUCUUUUACCACGAUCUGCGUGACCAUAGCCUUAUCCAACGCUGUCAUAAACUCGCUAGAGCUAUUUGCGAGUCUGUUCUUCCAAGAGGUGCAGCACCUAUCAGCUCUCAAUGCAGCUAUUCGCAUCCUACCUAGCGUCGUGGUGGGUGUGGCCCUCAACUUCACAACAGGUCUGGUCGUCCACAAGAUCCCUGCUAUAUGGCUCGUUGUUAUCACAUCUGUCCUCACAGCAAUCUCGCCUCUGCUCAUGGCAGUCAUCGACCCUGCGUGGACGUAUUGGACAGCUGCAUUCUUCGCACAGGUGCUCAUGCCCUUCUCAGCAGACGUGCUCUUCACAGUGGGUCUGAUAGUCGUCACUGAAACGUUCUCCGAAGACAAACAGGCAGUGGCUGGGUCAGUAUUCAACGCAGCGUCCCAGUUUGGAAAUGCCAUGGGAUUAGCCGUGAUGCAGGUUAUUUCAACCCUUGUUAGCAAGCAACAUGCAGGAUCGAAGCCAGCUGAGGCUCUUCUCCAGGGCUACAAGGCAAGUUUCUGGACCAUGUUCUCAUUCAUGCUUCUCUGUGCUCUCAUUGGAGGCGUCGGGCUACGUAAAGCCGGUAAAGUCGGUCUGAAGCAGGAGUAA